AUGAAUGUAGGAAGAGCCCACCAGCACAAUUUCCUGUCGUGUGAAGAAGAAGGCCUGAGACUCACCGGUAUGCCUGCCGUGGGGAGCUUCGGCAAUGGCAAGAUCCACACCAGACGUCAAAGACAUGGCCGCUUCGUCAGCAAGACGGGCCAAUGCAACAUCCACUUUUCCAACAUGGACGACAAGUCGAGUCGUUACAUUUCGGACAUGUUCACCACUUGCGUGGACAUACGCUGGCGCUACAUGUUCCUGGUCUUCAGCCUGGUGUUCGUGGUGUCCUGGCUGAUGUUCGGCUUGGCCUACUGGGUCAUCGGCCUGCUGCACGGCGACAUGGACCGUCUUGCAGAUGACGACGCGUUCGUGCCGUGCGUCACGCAGGUGAACACUUUCGUCGCUGCUUUCCUCUUCUCCAUCGAGACCCAGACGACAAUCGGGUAUGGAGCUCGGUGCGUGACCGAAGAAUGUCCCGCCGCUGUCUUCAUGGUGGUCUUCCAGUCUAUUGUGGGCUGCGUCAUAGACGCAUUCAUGAUUGGUGCCAUCAUGGCCAAGAUGGCACGGCCCAAAAAGCGAGCGGAGACGCUCCUGUUCAGCCGCAACGCAGUCAUUGCCAUGCGUGACGGAAAGUUGUGUCUCAUGUUCAGGGUGGCCAAUCUAAGAAAAAGCCAUAUAGUGGAGGCUCAUGUUCGAGCUCAGAUGGUCAAGCCUCGUUACACGGAAGAGGGCGAGUACAUCCCUCUGGAUCAGAUCGACAUGAACGUCGGCUACGACAGAGGCACCGACCGCCUCUUUCUGGUCGCGCCCAUCACCGUCAUCCAUGAGAUCGAUGAAGAUAGUCCUUUGUUUGGUAUCAGCAAGCAAGAUCUGGAGAUAUCUGACUUUGAGAUCGUGAUCAUACUGGAAGGUCUGGUCGAAGCCACCGCCAUGACCACGCAAGCACGCAGUUCAUACCUGUCGUCGGAGAUACUUUGGGGUCACCGCUUUGAGCCGCUCAUCUUCGAAGAGAAGAACCAGUACAGGAUAGAUUACGCCUACUUUCACAAGACCUUCGAGGUCCCGUCGACCCCUAGGUGCAGCGCCAGGGACAUGGAGGACAGGAAAUUUCCCACAUCCGGUGCUAACUCCUUCUGCUAUGAGAACGAGCUAGCCUUCAUUAGCAGGGAUGAGGAAGAGGAAGAGGCAGACUUUGACAAAGAAGAUAGACAGUGUUCUACGGGCCUGCUGAAUGAGCGCGACACCCCUGAGCGGGAUCAAAAAUCAUCCAGUCAAGAAUCUGAGAUUUAA